CUGGAGAAACGACUUUGACCGCGACGCACAAGGUACAGAGUCACUGAUGAAGCAGCCAGUCCAGCUUCGAGUUGCCCCGCUCCAUAAAACGCACUUAAAUCGACCCGGGAGAGGAACAGAACAGAGUGGACAGAGUCCAGGAAAACUGGAAGAAAAUUCUGGAUUUUAACGGGAAGAGAACCAUCAUAUUAAAUAAUCACAAGAGGCUCCGCGAUUCAAAACAGGCUUCGGGGACACCCGCGAUAGAUUUGCGCGAGUGUUGGACAGCUGCAGCCGACUUCAACUUCUUUGUCGGGUUCUGUAAAUAAUUGUCAACAAACUUGGACCCGUUAUUUAACCUUCAACCGUUUUCCGUUUUUCUGGGCUCAUUUGCGCGUUUAUUGCACGUUCAUUCUGUCAAUUUGAAGCCUGUUACACAAAGCAGUCCAGUAAAUGACUGACAUAUUACGUUUAAAGUCACUAUGCGUGCUUUGUGAGCUGGCUUCUGGUGCAGUGACACCAACAUGCCACUUACCAUAAAGCUGGUUGUUAGGAAAUUACUUUUCAGCGGCUAAUCCUGAUACGGAAUUGUGAGUAAAAUUGGGACACGCCCGCAAGCAAUAAUAGGCAACCUACGCGUUUUAGAAAUCCUGGCUAGAAGUGCAAGACUUCUCCGAUCCUCCUCCAGGGACUGUGGUCUAUUCAAACAGAACUGUGGAGCAGACUUGUAGUUUGGCAGUCAAAAGGACAACCUUUCGAACAGCUGCAACACCGCUGGCUACUCGAGUGAACCUUGUUUUCUGGAAGCGAUACCGACGGAGUUGAUGAAUGCCAUUGUCUGUGUUGAUGUCCUCGCCGUAGCACAUGUAAAAAUAGUUCCUCUUAACAUUUAUCGUAUUUCUGAGGAACUCCUUGGAAGGUGACCAACAUAAACUAUUCUUAACAACUUGAAGCACGUCUUUGUACUCAGUGGCACAGUGGACACUUGGACAAGGUAUCCAUUUCCUUGUCCGGGGUUUUGGCAAGCCAAGAGUAGGCUAUGGCAUCCUCAUGGGUAAACUGGAUUUGCUUACUCUGGAGACGGACUUUAGUUCCCUCUCUCCUCGUGCUUUGGGUCACCUGUCUCGGGACACACGGAGGAGAGGAUGACGCUUUUAAUGCAGAGUCAUGGCUGCGGAUGUAUGGCUACCUACCUCAGGCCAGCAGACAGAUGUCCACCAUGCGGUCAGCUCACAUCCUUUCCAACGCCGUCAGCGACAUGCAGCGUUUCUACGGCCUGGCGGUCACCGGGGCCAUGGACCACGGCACGGUGACAGCCAUGCGGAGGCCGCGUUGUGGAGUCCCAGACAAGUUUGGGGGUCAGAUCAAGACCAACGUUCGGCGCAAACGUUAUGCACUCACUGGCCACAAAUGGAACAAGAGCCACCUCACCUACAGUAUACAGAACUACACACCAAAGAUCGGGGAGUACAACUCGUAUGAGGCCAUCCGUAGGGCCUUCAAGGUGUGGCAGAAGGUGACCCCGCUGACCUUCGAUGAGAUCCCCUACCAGGAGAUCAAAUAUGGCCGCAGGAAGGAGCCUGACAUCAUGAUCUUCUUUGCCUCGGGUUUCCACGGAGACAGCUCACCCUUCGAUGGCGAGGGCGGGUUCCUGGCCCACGCCUACUUCCCUGGUCCUGGUAUGGGUGGUGAUACUCACUUUGACUCUGAUGAGCCAUGGACCAUCGGCAAUGGGAACUUACAAGGUAAUGAUUUGUUCCUUGUUGCGGUACAUGAGCUGGGCCAUGCCCUGGGCCUGGAACACUCCAACAACCCAAUGGCCAUCAUGGCUCCUUUCUACCAGUGGAUGGAAACGGACGACUUUCAACUGCCCGAGGAUGACCUCAGGGGAAUACAACAGAUCUAUGGUCAGCCAGACGGUACACCCACCCAGGCUCUUCCCACUGUCACUCCUCGCCGGCCAGCCCAGCCAGACCCCAAACCCCCCAACUCUCCCCCCAAGUCACCCCCAACUCUCCUCCCAACCCUCCCCUAGAUCUCCCCCUAACUCUCCCCCAAUGCCCCACCCCGGAGGCCAGACAAGCCCCGCACGACUGACCGCCCAGACCACUACGGCCCAAACAUCUGUGAAGGAAACUUCGACACGGUCACCAUGCUCAGGGGAGAGAUGUUUGUGUUCAAGGGUCGCUGGUUCUGGAGGGUGCGGAGGAACAGGGUCCUGGACAACUACCCAAUGCCCAUUGGUCACUUCUGGAGGGGACUGCCUGGGGACAUCGAUGCAGCCUACGAGAGACACGAUGGGAAAUUUGUCUUCUUUAAAGAGAAUAAGUACUGGCUGUUCAGGGAGGCAAACCUGGAGCCUGGUUACCCCCAGGAGCUGACAGACUACGGCAGGGACAUCCCCUAUGACAAGAUAGAGACAGCCAUCUGGUGGGAACCAUCAGGUUUCACAUACUUCUUCAAAGGAGACUGGUACUGGCGCUUUAACGAACAGUCCCGCGCGGUAGACAAGGACUACCCCAAGCCAAUCAGUGUGUGGGGCUCUGCGGUCCCGUCCUCUCCCAAGGGGGCUUUCCUCAGCGAUGAUGGAGCUUAUACAUAUUUCUACAAGGGAUCCAAAUACUGGAAGUUUGACAACCACAGGAUGAAGAGUGAGCCGGGCUACCCUAAAUCCAUCCUGAGGGACUUCAUGGGCUGCGAUGUGGACCUGGACCCAGACAGAGACAGGGACACCGACGCAGGCCGCAAGGUCCCCGAAGUGGAUCGCCCGCCCUUCAACCCUGACGCAGGCCGGGACAAGGACAAGGAGAAGGAGAAGGAGCGGGACAAGGAUCAGGACCGUACCAACGAUGUAGACUAUAAGGAUGAGAGAGAAGAGGAGACCAACGAGGUGGACGUGGUGCUGAAGAUCGACGAGAGCGAGACGCGCACUAUGAACAUCAUCAUGGUGACAGUACCCCUGGUCCUGGUGCUGUGCAUCCUGGGACUGAUCUACGCCAUCAUCAACACACUUAAGAGGAAAGGAACUCCCAAACUUCUGGUCCACUGCAAACGCUCCAUGCAGGACUGGGUGUGACCUCUGACCCACUUAAUAACCCCCCCCCCCCCCCACAACCUGAACCCUACCCUCAUUCCUCUAUCUUCUCAUCCAAAACAUGGUAGUAGAGACAUACGUGCAAAUACACACACACACAUGACGCACGUGCACACACACACACACACACACACACACACACACACACACACACACACACACACACACACACACACACACACACACACACACACACACACACACACACACACACAUACACCUAACUCGUUCCCCUCCCAUGGUGCUCUACCCAAUGAGUUGACUGUAGUCUAUUUAUAUCAGAACGUUUGCACAUUGUUUUUUUGUUUGGUUCAUAUUGUGUGUGUGUGAGUCUUUUUUCUAAACCAGGAAGUGUCUGCAUUAUUCUCUCUCUCUCUCUCUGCCCGUUACAGUGGGUUUCUCUGAGAUAACUUCCAUCUGGUUCUUGGAUUAGCCUUCGAAAGGAAAACAGAGACUUAACAGAGCGUUAGAGAGAGAGACUGCAGCACAGAAUGAAGGGAGUGAAGGAGGUUUGAUUCUGUGAAAAGCAGAGAGCCCCCCCCCAUCCCUCUCCCACUCCUCCCUCCCACCUCCUCCCUCCCUCAGGACUCCUACAGCUGAAGCAGGCCUACUGCACGUCAGGUAUCAACAGGAGAGAGAUCAGUGUAAAUAGUGUCACUUUUUGAACUGCAACUCACCCAAUGCCUUUUGUCACGAUACCUUCCAUGUUGAACAGCCACUAACUGAACUUUUGGUUUUCUCAUCUGUUUUUAAUUCAAGGGCACCAUGGAUGAUAUUGGAAAUCUUGUCCAUACUUUAUAGACAACUUUCACAAACGUUUGGCUUAUUCAACCAAACAUGGUCCCGUGGUGCCUCUUUCAUUUCUAACCUUGUUUCGGUUCUAUUUAACGGCGGCAAUGAGAGUUUGAGUUGUUAUGAUUAGGGAAGGGUUGGAAAAGAAAGGUGCUUCUUUCCAAUUAUUUUUUUUUUUUAAGACAAAGGCAAUUCACUGUGAAAUGACUCUGUGUGGGACUUGGAGGAGCAGUUGAGGUGCUGAGGUAGGAGAGAGACGGGGUAUUGAACGAAUAUCCACUGGGCAAAAACAUAUUGAAUCAAUGUUGUUUUCACAUUUCAAUGUGAGGAUGUUGAAUCAAGGUGGAAAACUGAUUGGAUUUGCAAAAAGUCAACAACGUAAGGGAAUCAAAUUUUUCCACCAACCCAGCUAGCACAUUUGGUUCCUUGGAGGUUGUGGAAACAGACGUUUUUGGUUAUCCAUUGGUUCUGGGAAAGAAGCCAAACAUGUCUUUUAAACGUUCUGAGAAUGGAAGUGAACAUUUUGCCUGUUCUGGGAACGUUCAUUUGUAGGUUGCAGGGAGGUUGUGAGAACGUUUUACUAUAGUUCCCUGAAAGUUUUCCUGUGAGGUUUUAUUAAUGUUCUGAGGUGGAAAUUGUAGGUUAUUUGAAGGUAAUUAAAUAAAGUUCUGGGAAUAAGACUUUUAAUACUACUGCUAUCUUAGGUUAACUGUUUUGAACUCCAAGCACAGAUAGGACACAUGGAAAUUCACCUUAGGAACUUAUGAUAUUCUGCUCUCUCUCCAUGGACUUAUUAGUCCAUUGAUGUUGAGAACGGAAUGUGUGUUUUUAAAUAACAUUCUUAGAACGUUCUUUGAACGUUACUAAUGUUUUAUUGUGGUAUUUUAUGGAAUCUUUUAUUCAUGUUUCUGAGAAGAUUACUUUAAAUAGAACCAUGAGGAAACCUGCAGAAAACUUUAUGCUGAAGUACUGAAAUUCCCACGGAAGAACUUUGUUUCUUAACGUUCUCUGGACGUUCUGAGAACAUAGCUUUAAAUAGAACCAUGAGAAAACCUGUAGGAAAAGUAAUUCUGAAGUACCGAAAUCCCCACAAAAGAACUUUGUUUCUUAACGUUCACUGAACAAUUGGAGAUCAUUACUUUAAAUAGAACCACGAUGAAACCUAUAGGAAACCGUACUGACAUUCCAACCUAAGAAAUAUAAGGUUCUCAGAACUUUAUGAGCUAGCUGGGUACCCUGCACCAUUCCCAGAACAUUGUGGGAAAAUAACCAGAGGACAACCACACUCUCACCAAGCUCAAAGAAAUGUGAUUCCCAGAACAUUAUGUGCUAGCUGGGAAUGACAUGCUGAAAUGUUUUGGUGAUUUCAUGUUGAAUUGAAGUUAGUUGACAACUCAACCAAAAUUAAAUCAAACUAGAGUUUGAAAUAACAUCUGUGCCCAGUAGGUAAGAGAUUGACUGACACUUUUCAUCUGAGAAAUACUUGGAACCAGCGAUACAUCAGCCUCCUGAAAUGUUUUAAGAAAUAUAAUUCAAGUAAUGCACCACACAAUGAGCCCUCUCUCUGUAAUACCCUACUCCCCUAGAUUUAAAUAGAUUGGAGGGCUUUCUCUCUCUCUCUCUCUCUCUCUCUCUCUCUCUCUCUCUCUCUCUCUCUCUCUCUCUCUCUCUCUCUCGCUCGCUCUGAGCUUGGUCUAGAGAAGUAUUCCUCUGAACAUACUCAGAAAAUGUCAGCACAUCCUCUCAAUUAAAAUAGCAGGUGUUUUAAAAUAUUGUUAACCUCCAGCCUAGAAUCUUAGGCCUUCUCUGUACCAAAGCAGGCUUCUUUUCAUUUUCUGAGAGGUCUAAACGGAGAGACGAACUUUACCAGAGAGGGAGAAGGGGAACGAGAGAGGGCAUGAGAGGCUAGAGAUCUACAAAGGGAGUUCAAAGACAGAAACCUUAUCUGUUAAGUGUUUGGGAAGGCUUACAGUUUGUUCCUGGAUUGUUUUGCCCAGAUGUUGGUGAUUGUUGGAGGGGGUUGGGGAGGCUGCAAGGCAGGCUGAGUGAGAGACCAGAGGUCCAUUCCUACAGCUGAGUAAGGCAGUAGGGGGAGUGAGGGAGAGGAGCUCGCUGCGGGGCUCUUCCUGUAAGGAUUAUUAUUGGCACUGUAUCCCAUGACCCACAUUCACUAGCUCCAGAGAAGGAACUGUGGAGUCUAUUCUCUGAUACCAAAGGGAAAUAGUAGCACGCAGUGUAUGUAACUUCUUUAUUUCUCACAUUGUUAUGUAUUCCCUAUGCUCUUGUCUUCGACCACAAAGGCGCAUGUACAGUAUGCAUACCUCUGGUAGAUUUACUAGCAGCCCAAAAGAUACUGAGAAAGGAUUUGCUGUAAGGUAGAGAAGUCAUUUUACACUCAGAUACCUGACAGCUUUCACUGUUUACCAUCCGUCAAACAGUAGUUGUGAUGAACAUGUCUGUCUGAGGCAUCGACGGGGGUGGGGUAGGUGCACUGAGGAUGCGUGAGAUGCUUCAAUAAUACCACUGAGAUGGGGGGAAGGCCAGUUAAAAGGGCUAUUAUAAAUAUUAUUGACAGUGGAGAGGAAUCACUGUCAUGAGAGGUCCUGCGUGUGUCAGUGAUGGAUCCCGCUCGAUGGGGUUGCUAGGAGACCGCCUCUGCCCAUUGCCCUCUCAUUGUGCUGCGAGGUUGAGAGGGGAGUUAAUCAGAGGUAAAAGCCUUCCCUCUCUCUUCUCCCCCCUGACUACCCCACCCGUCCCCAUCCACCCACCCACCCAUCCUGUCCAAAUCAAUGGUAAAAUCACCAUCAGCAGGCCUAGAAGGUAUCUGGACAAACUCAAAAAAUGCUCACUCAUUGUCUGAGACCCAGUCCAUGCCUUACUUGCUCUCUCUUUAUCUGGGAUAGCUAGUGUCUUUGUGCUUGUGUGUAUGGAGUAGACUAUCACUGCGAGUCCCAGACCUUUGUGGCUGUUUGUGUUCCUAGUAUGUCUGUCUCUUAGUGUGGAUUUAGUGUCCAGCUGUUUCUCGGUGUGUCUGAGACGUCUCCCCAAUAAGACACUGUAGUCCCCAACCGAUGCCUGCCUUAGAACUAGCUCAAGCAGAUGCAACGGAAAUGUGGGAAAUUUCACAAAGGAACUGCUUGCUUGAAGGCAACUAGAGCCUUUAUAAGAGCACUCUGGGAUUGAGUCCAAGACUGCUUUGUUUUUUUUUCCUUUUUUCUUUUGUUUUUCAUGAGAAUUGUUUGGAACAUUACAGCAACGGAAAAAACAGCAAUGAAAAUUACAGUUAAGAAAAAUACAGUUAUGAAAAAUACAGCAAUGAAAAAUACAGUUAUGAAAUAUUAUGUCAGGGAUUGAUUGAGGUAUCAACACCCUUACAGUAUCACUACUUGCUCUCUCUCUCUCUGUUCAAUACCACUCUACUCUUCUGCACUCGUCUGGUCUACUCUGCAGCCUGUCUAGGCCCUGCGUUGGCCCCAGGGGCACUGUAACAAUGGUCUCUCUCACAAAGUGCAGCAUUGUCCUCCAUGCUGUCAUUGCUCCGGCCCAGCAGGAAGGCAGGCUGAGCCCUAGGCCAGGAUCCGGAUGCUUCCUUCCUCCCACAAUCCCACUCUGUCCCUCCCCGCAGCUCUGUCAUGGCCAGGGAGGGAGCAGAGCAGCCAAGGCGGUCUGAUGUUUUAUAUCCAAGAUAGUCUCCUGGGUUCCUCUCUAUGUUGGUUCUAUAUAUUCCGUUAGUUGUUGUUUGUGGCCAGUGCAUUUCACAGGCAUCCUGUACAGUUGCUUCAUAUCGUGUCUCGCGGUUAACCACUAGCUUGACCAAAAUGGUUUUGUUAUUCAUUGCAAUCAACAACCACACAGGAUGCCAGACUGCUCUUUGUGGAGAAGAAGAGAGAUCUGUUAGAAAGAUGACACGAUGUCAAGAGAAAGGGGUUCAUUUUGAUCCCUGCGUUCGAUGUCUCAAUCCUCUGUUUGAUGUCUGUCAAGAUCCAGAGUCGUCAACGUCUCGACUCCAGACACGCACUCAGUGGGUGUGCAUCCCUAUCCCAGAGUGCAUCUCACCUUACUCACUCAGCUGAGCUUGAACAACUGAAACCACUACACGCUAUUAACUCUCAACUGACUUUACGGUAGACUGCUCCUCCCAGGUCCUUGGAAAACCAGGCAACUAAAAGCCUACUAGGCUCUGGCAACACAGCGUUACAUCUCACAAAUGUUUUAAAAGCUUUACAGCAAUGUUGUGUGAAAGUUACUACCCGGGCAAUGCUUCAGUGAGUCGUUUUUUUUAUUUUUUUUAACCACGCCUAUUAACAUUGAUGGGAUGAAAAUAAAAAAGUUAAUUUGUCUGUGUGAUUAUCAUGAUUAUUUUGAAUAUUCAUUCAGUUUGUUUUAAUUAUGUGCCGUUUUUUCUCCGAAUUCUUCUUUCAACUUCGUAGGAUUUCUUUUCUUUUGUACUUUGAAUAACAUUCCGUGUGUGUUUUUAUUUUGUUUUGCUGUAGAACGUGAAGAUUUUAUACAUUUGCGGUGUGUGUUCACCUCCUGUUGAGUGUGUUAACGAUCCAUGCUGGACAUGUACACAAUAAAACGCUCUGAAAACAAAGA